AUGCAACUGCUGUUGACAACGAUGCUGCUCUUCUGUCCCUGCUGUGCGAACGUGCUGACGGUGUCGGCACACCCAGACACGGGGCGCAACCGGCUCGAGUGCCGGACAUGUCCGUACGAGUACGCCAUCACGACGCCACUCUUCAGCCGGCGCGACUUUGUGCGUAAGGAGAAGGAGGACGUGUUUGGCGGCGAGGGCGCGUGGGACAACGCCCAGAAGACAAAGGUGCAAUGUCCGACGGACCGGUGCGACGGCGACGAGGCGGCCUUUUUCCAGGUGCAGAUCCGGUCGGCUGAUGAGCCGAUGACGAGCUUCUUCAAGUGCAUGACGUGCGGCCACGGCUGGCGGGAGAACUAG